AUGUCGCAGCAUUUGAGAGAGACUUUCCAGCGCUGCAAGGACGAGGGCAGAAACGCCUUGGUGAACUUCAUCACCGCCGGGUUCCCCACCAUCGAGGACACCGUGCCUAUUUUGCAAGGAAUGCAGGAGGGCGGGGUCGAUGUCAUCGAGUUGGGAAUCCCGUUCUCGGACCCGAUCGCAGAUGGCCCCACCAUCCAGGCCGCCAACACGGUAGCAUUGAAAAACGGCACCACGGUGAAGAGGUGCCUCGAGUUGGUGUCGCAGGCCAGAAAGCUGGGCGUGUCCGUGCCCAUCAUUUUGAUGGGCUACUACAACCCGAUUUUGAUGUACGGUGAGGAGAAAAUGGUUGAGGACUCGGCCAAGGCCGGCGCCAACGGCUACAUCGUGGUGGACUUGCCUCCCGAGGAGGCCGUGAAGUUCCGCGGCACGUGCCUGAAGUACGGCCUCUCAUACGUGCCUUUGGUGGCGCCCGUCACGUCGGACGCCCGCUUGCAGACCUUGGGUAAAAUCGCCGACUCGUUCAUAUACGUGGUGUCGCGUAUGGGCACCACGGGAGCCUCCACAGAGGUGUCCAACGGGAUCGCAGCCUUGUGUGCGCGUGUGCGCAAAUUCGCCGGCGACACGCCGUUGGCUGUCGGGUUUGGCGUUUCCAACAGAGACCACUUUUUGACCGUGGGCAAGGCGGCCGACGGCGUGGUGAUUGGAUCCAAGAUCAUCACGCUUUUGGGCGAGUCCGAGCCGGGCCAGAGAAGGCAGGUGGCACGUGACUUCGUCAAGGCCAUUUUGGGCGACGAGUACACCCCCAUUGCGCCGCCAGCGUACAAGGAGUACACACAGCCGGCCAGCCACGUGGUGCCCGAGGCCUUGACGGAGGAAGUGCGCAAGUACUCCCCCACUUUCGGUGAUUUCGGCGGCCAGUACGUGCCGGAGGCCAUGCACGCGUGCUUGGCCGAGUUGGAAAGGGGGUUUGAGAGCGCCACUGCAGACCCGGAGUUCUGGAAGGAGUUCAAGUCCUUGUACCUGUACAUUGGCCGGCCCUCGAGUUUCCACAAGGCCGACCGGUUGACGGAGCACGCCGGGGGAGCGCAGAUCUGGUUGAAGAGAGAGGACUUGAACCACACGGGCUCGCACAAGAUCAACAACGCGUUGGCACAGGUCUUGAUUGCCAAGCGCUUGGGCAAGAAGAGAAUCAUUGCCGAGACCGGCGCCGGCCAGCACGGCGUGGCCACUGCCACCGCAUGCGCCAAGUUUGGCUUGGAGUGCUGUGUGUUCAUGGGUGCCGAGGACGUGAAGCGCCAGGCGUUGAACGUGUUCCGGAUCAGAAUCUUGGGCGCCAAGGUCGUGGCCGUCACCAACGGCACUGCUACUUUGAGAGACGCCACGUCCGAGGCGUUCCGCUACUGGGUGUCGAACUUGGACUCCACGCAUUACGUCGUGGGCUCGGCCAUCGGGCCCCACCCAUACCCCACGCUUGUGAGAACAUUCCAAAGUGUGAUUGGCCAGGAGGCAAAGGAACAGUUCAUGGAAUUGAACGACGGCAAGUUGCCCGACGCUGUGGUGGCCUGCGUGGGAGGAGGCUCGAACUCGACGGGUUUGUUCUCGCCUUUCGAGAAGGACACCUCCGUGAAAAUGUUGGGCGUGGAGGCCGGUGGUGACGGCGUGGACACUGCGCGCCACUCCGCCACCUUGACUGCCGGAAGCCCAGGUGUGUUUCACGGUGUGAAGACAUUUGUUUUGCAGGAUGACGACGGCCAGGUCCACGACACCCACUCGGUGUCUGCCGGCUUGGACUACCCGGGCGUGGGCCCUGAGUUGGCGUUCUGGAAGGCUUCUGGAAGAGCAGAGUUUGUGGCUGUUACUGACGCCGAGGCGUUGGAGGGCUUCCGCUUGUUGUCGCAGUUGGAAGGAAUCAUCCCUGCGUUGGAGUCCUCGCAUGCCAUCAUUGGUGCACUCAGACUUGCCAAGACCAUGACUCCCGACCAGCACAUUAUCAUCAAUGUGUCGGGCAGAGGAGACAAGGACGUGCAGUCUGUUGCCAAUGUGUUGCCUGUGUUGGGCGAGAAGAUUGGGUGGGACUUGAGGUUCGAGGAAGACCCAUCGAAAUAG